AAUGGCGACGACAAAUUCCAAUGGGUGAUUUGCAGUUGCCGAUAGAAUUUCCACUUUCCGGAAGUGCCCCCAUAUCUUUCAAAAAUUUCGACGCCAUCGGAAAUUUGGCACUGCCACAGCACCCACACAACUCGCCAUUUCCCCCCCCCUUCCAUAGAACAAGCACAAAGUGGGAGCACAAGGGCGCAUCAGACCAGACCCAGGUUACGCCCCACAAAUUCAGCCGUUCCUCCGAGCUGAGGUUUUUGGAAUUUCAUUCGUUUUACAGGUUUUCGCCUUAACUAGGGUUUGAGCGGCUGAAUCGAUCAUAUAUAUAUUUUUUUAUUGGUUUUUGUUGCUUCAAGACUGAGUAUAUAAGCCCAACUUCGUGCAAAUACCUUGUUAGCUCUAGGAUUUUCUUGAGGAGGGCUUUGGAUUGGAGUAGUGAACGGUAAUUAAUCUUCCAGAAGGGUGAUCCUCUGAAUUAGGGUUUUCAGGUGCGUAUUCAAUUUUUGAAGAGGUGUUAUGUGAGUGGACCUGGUGGCUGGCUCUUGUGGCCUGUAUCAGGGGCAAUGGGGAGCACCGUCGAAUCAGAUAGAAAGCGGCGUCACUUUAGCACCAUAUCCCCAACGGCUGCUACUGCCAAGAAAGCGCCCUUCUUGCCCAUUUCCGAGGACAAAAAGCUUGAUGUUGCUGUUCUUCAGUACCAAAAUCAGAAGCUCAUACAGAAGUUAGAGAUUCAGAAGGUAGAGUACAAAUCUCUUCAGAAUAAAUAUGCUCAGUUAAAGGAGAAACAAGAGCCAUAUGAUAUGACAGUGGCUGUGGUUAAAAACUGUUGGGAAGAGCUUGUUAAUGGAUUGGAAACAUCUUCUGUCCGUAUGAGGAGGUGGAGGAGCAAGCAGGAUGGCGAACCUACUAUAGCUGCUGCAGAUGGAUCUUUGGCUAGCUUUGAAGAUGCUGUUCUUAGUCGGCUUGCAGAAACAGGUGCUACUCAAAGUUCCUCAACAUAUAGUUCCUCUAAGCACAUGGAAGAAGAAACAGAAUCACCAUGCGAGAAGACCAAAACCAUUGAGCGAAAUAUAGAAGCGUCUAUUGAAAAUCUCUGGUAUCUGAAGGAUGGUUUACAUGCCACAUUGUUGAAUGAGCUCCCAAAAGAUGAUUCAUUCAGGGAUAGGACAUCCGGUGACUUGGUUAAAGAAGCAAGGAAUAUGAGGUUGAGAGUAAAGGAUUUUUUGUUUAAGCAGAAGGCAUUGGCUAAAGAAUUGGAAAAUCACCGAGACUUGAAUGCAAAAACUAAAGCUGAGCUAAAAGUUUUAAAAGUGGAAUUGGAGAGUGCAGUGGCUGAACUGGAAGAGAGCAAUUCCAAGCUAACGAAGCUUAGAGCUGAACAUGAUGCCGCAAAAAAGGCUGGAUUUCCUGUUUUGAAUCUAGCAGGUAAACAUUCUGGCAGUGGUAAGGUGAGAGAUAAACAAAAAGAUCUGCGGGAUAUGGAGUCUUCUCUCAAAGAGUUGAAGGACCAAGCAGUUGAUCGACUGGCAGAAUUAAACAGUCUACAUGAAGGACGGCUAAAAAUGCUUCGACAGUUAUCUGAUAUCCGGAAUACUAUGAAGAGUGUGAAGUCCAUUUCAUCUUCCAAAUCAUAUCUUUUAUUGAGAGAUCGAAUAGAAAAUUUAAAAUCGCAAGUAAACGAGCAGCAGGCUUUAUUUGAGAAACUACAGGAUGAGAAGGAUAGCAUUAUAUGGAAGGAGAAGGAACUGAAUAUUAAAAAUAACAUACUUGAUGUCUUGAGAAGAUCAUCCACUGUCUCUGAUACUAGGAUUAAUGAUCUGGAAAUGCUGAUUCAGAAACAAAAGGAUGAAAAAAGGUCAAUUGAGAACAAGAUGGUUGAAGUAUUGAAAGAACCAGGAAGGAAAAAAAUCAUCUCAGAAUUUAGAGCAUUGGUUUCCUCGUUUCCAGAAGCAAUGGGCUCUAUGCAAAGUCAGUUACACAAAUACAAAGAAGCUGCUUCAGAUGUCCAUUCUGUGCGGGCUGACAUGCAAUCUCUUUCUAGUAUUAUUGAUAGAAUGGAAAUGGAGUGUGAAAGUUUGUCAUCUCGAUCCAAGGAUCAAAUUGCAGAGAUACAGAAGUUGGAAGCCACGGUUCAAGAUUUAACAGAAGUUAAUCGGGAGUUGAAACUCAUAAUUGAUAUGUAUAGUCGUGAAUCAACUGAAUCGAGGGAAGUCUUGGAAGCUAGGGAUUUGGAAUAUAAGGCGUGGGCUCGUGUUCAAUCUCUAAAAUCCUCUCUGGACGAACGCAACCUGGAAUCACGUGUUAAGACUGCAAAUGAAGCUGAGGCUAUAUCUCAGCAAAGGCUAGCUGCUGCUGAAGCUGAGAUUGCACGCCUUAGACAAAAGUUAGAAGCAUCUAAAAGGGAUUUAACUCGAUUAUCAGAUGUUUUAAAAUCUAAAGGCGAUGAAAAUGUGGCAUACUUGUCUGAAAUUGAGACAAUUGGGCAGGCCUAUGACGAUAUGCAAACUCAAAACCAGCAUCUGUUGCAGCAAAUAACUGAGAGAGAUGACUACAACAUUAAGCUUGUGUUAGAAGGUGUGAGAGCAAGACAAUCGCAGGAGAGUAUGCUCAUAGAGAAACAGACCUUGGAAAAGGAGGUUCAGCAAGCCAAUGCAUCUCUUGUACUUUACGAGAUGAAAGCUGCUAGAAUUGAAGACCAGUUGAGAGGUUGCUCGGAUCAUGUUCAGAAAAUUGAAGACGGCAAAUUACAUGACACAGAUACUCUAGAAAACACUCAAAAAAGAUUAUUGGAUAUUAGAAUAGCAUCUCAGCAAACAAGGGAGUCACUUGAUCAAUCUCAAUCUAAAGUUGAAAAAAGUCGAAUAACUCAAGCAGAGCUGCAGAUAGAAUUAGAAAAAGAAAGGUUUGAGAAGAAAAGAAUUGAAGAGGAAUUAGAAGUUAUUGGGAGAAAAGCUUCACGGCUUGAAGCACAGAUGGAAAGCUCAUCAGUAGUUGAAAAGCUUCAUGAGGAACUUGGGGAAUAUGAAAAGAUAGUGAAUUGCAAAAUUUGUGUCAACAGUAGAAAGCAGGUUGUCAUUACAAAGUGCUUCCACCUGUUCUGUAAUCCCUGUGUACAAGAUAUCUUGAAGAGUCAACAUCGCAAAUGCCCAAGAUGUAGUGCAAGUUUUGGGCCCAAUGAUGUCAAGCAAGUUUUCUUUUGACUUGAAACUGCUCAUACAUACCUAUCGACAAGACUUAACUCAGCGGCCUUUGGUGCACAUUUCAUGGCCAUUUGGUUGAGGCAAGAGUUGACAUGGGGAUACAAACAAGUUUAUGUGUAUGGCUAUGUUAGAAUGUAGAGCAAAGUGCAAACAGUGCGUGAGACGAGAGCAAGGAAUGUGGAAUUCCUGCUGCAUAGCAAUUUAUGAAAAUCAUUUAGAUUGUUGGCUUGGUUCUAGUUUGUGAUUUUAUCGAAAGUUUAUUAAGAUGCAUAUUUAUUUCACCUUCUCUUAUGAUGUGCUUGGAGCAAUUGGAAGCUUUCAAUUCAAUAUUUGCAGAUUAUUCAAAAUCUCGCUUCACACUGCUAUACAGCCAUGGAUGGACAUAGACAACAAGGUUUACUUUGCUCAACCAAAGAGUUGCACUCCCACUCCAACAGUUGAAGCUGCAGUUGAUGUGUGGUGUUCUUAAAGCAACGGGUUUGCCCUCUCAAAACAGCUGGUGGGGAUAAUCUCAUCACUCCUGCCGGCAGAAAUUUUUGUACAUGACUUGGUUAGGCCCUAGAAGCUAAUAUUUCCAUUCGAUAUAUUUAUUCCCCUUUUUUUAUACCUUCUGAUGUAUUUGAGUUUCCAUGUUUCAAUGUUUAGUGAAUCUAUCAAUGCACAUGAGGUGCAGAAUUUGUUGAAGAUGCUUUGUUAGUAUAAGAUUUGCUUGUUUAUUUGGCUA